GGGUGAUCAUAAUACCCACCAUCUACAAAGUAAUAAAAAUUUUCAUUUAAUAAUAAUACAAAUUCAAAAAAAUAAUUUAAAAAAUAAAACUUACUUUAAAAUAAUUACAAAAAAAUAUUUUUAAUAAUUUUAACAACUUUUUUUAGCGAAAAAUCAUUUAUUUCGAUGAAUGAAAAAAAAGGAAAUUCAAAAAUUACCUAACCUUGUCGAAAAAACACGCGCAAAGCAACCAUUGGUGGAGAAAGAGAAAGAGAGAGAGAGAAAAAACAUUGUGUUGACACACCAAAAAUGACGUUUCAUUGAUAAAAAUAUUUACAAUUAAAAUUAAUAAUAAUAAAAUAAAUAACUAUGAGUAUAAAAAAAUAAUAAUAAAAAAUGAACAGUUUGGGUCUUAGUUUAAUAAUGAAAAUGGGUUGUUUAUGUUCAAAAGAAAUAAUUUCAAUAAAUGCAAAUAAAUAUAGAGUGCUGGAACAUCUUGGUGAUGGAGGUUUUAGUACAGUUUAUUUGGUAGAAGACACAUUUACAAAUAAAAAAUAUGCAAUUAAAAAAAUUAUUUGUCAUGGACCAGAAGAUCAACAGGCUGCUACUAGAGAAAUUGAAUAUCAUUCAAUAGUAAAGCAUCAAAAUGUCAUUGAAUGUGUUGAUUCAGCCCAUAGAGGAUUACCUGAUCCAGUUGUUAAUGAAACUGGUGAAUCAUUUCUUGUUUUACCCUAUUAUCAUAAAGGCACACUAUCACAAGAACUAGAUAGAAGAUCAAGAAAUAAUGAUCAUCUAAGUGCUCUUAAUAUAUUAAAUAUAUUUUUACAAAUAUGUGAAGGCGUUAAGGCAUUUCAUGAAGUUAAACCAGAACCGCUUGCUCAUAGAGAUUUAAAAACAGCAAAUAUUGUAUUGGCUGAUGGUUAUACACCAAUUAUUAUGGAUUUAGGAUCAGUUGCACCAGCAAGAGUUAAAGUUUGUGGAGCACAAGAUGCACAAACAUUGCAGGAUAAUGCAGCUGAAAGAUGUUCAAUGCCAUAUCGUGCACCAGAGUUAUUUAAUGUCGAGAGUUAUUGUAUGAUUGAUGAAAGAAGUGACAUCUGGUCACUUGGAUGUAUUUUGUAUGCGUUGUGCUUUUUUAAAUCACCUUUUGAUCCAGUCUACGAGAGAGGUGAUAGUGUUGCUCUUGCUGUCAUCAAUGCCAACAUUGAUUUUCCAGAAAAUUCACCUUACAAUGAGGAUAUGCAUAAUUUAAUUAUGACUAUGUUGAAAACAAAUCCAAUGGAGAGACCGUAUAUAUACAGUGUCAUUGAAAGUGUUCAUGAUUUAAUUACAAAAUUAGAAGGAAGAGUGUAAAAUAUAAUAUAUAUUUUCGUAAUGAUUAUUCAAUUUUUAAUCUUUUAUAAUUUUUUUCUUUCACUUAUAAUGAACAAAGAUUAAUAGAACUUUUUAUUUCAUUUUUUUUAAUUGAAUACUUUUGAUAGUAUUUUUUUCUUUUGAUUUAAAUAAUUGCAUUUUUAAUUGAACAAUAUAUUUUUAAUUAAUAUAAUAAUAAUAAUAACACAGUCAAAUCAAUUCAAGAUUUAAAAAUAAAAAAAUUCAAUAAUAUUGUUAUUGAUAAAAAUUUUUAUUAUAAAUUGAAAACAACUGUUUUUUAACAGUUAUAUAUUAUUUAUUGUAAAUAAUUAUAUUUCCAUUAAUUUUUUCUUUUUAAAAACAAAUUCAACACAUUAUAAAUAUUAAUAUUAAUAAUUUUUAAUAAUUAAAAGUAAGAUGAUGAUUUCGUGGAAGAAAAUAAAAUAAAUCUUGAGGCAAAAAAUAAA